ACAGAUAUUGACUGGUCGCCGUGGUUUGUCUAUUAUUUAGUCGAUUGCGAAAUUUCGGCAAUCGAACUCGGCAUACAAAAUAUAUAUUUAGUACAUAUUUGACCAGCGUUUUCUGGCUUAUACGGGCUUCCAACAAGUAAUGAGCGGCGUUUGUUAGGUUUUUAAACCGAAAUUCGCUCGUGUUGAAAACGAAAUAUAAGUGAACUGUACGAGUACAUAUAUUCGAUGAAUUUUGUGAAUUGCAUUCCGAAUAUAACCAAUUGAAAUAAGAAAAUUAUGCAUUUUAAACGGUCUUAAGAACAUUUGGUUAAAAAUAAAAAAACUAUCAUUAAAUAGUUAUGGUUAAUAUACGGACUUUUGUGAAAAUGUUACCAAGUAGUUGAAAUUUAUUUACGAAAUCUUAAAGUACAAUCGAAGGCCAAAGCAAAUUAGUUUGAGUGGGAGUGAUUGUGUGGUCUCUACAACCAUGAAAAAGCUUUACGCCAAAGCAUCAUUUAAAAGUAAAAAACCCAGCAACAAAAAUGUUAACGAGGACUGCGUCGAUAGUGAUAUAUAUAUCAAUAAACCGCAGCAUGGCCCAAUAAUACUCGCUUAUCAAAGUGGUCCCGCACAACAACAGGCCCAACAAAAUCCAGCUGAUAUUGAUGUGAACACAGCAACAAUGCGUAGAAAACACAGAAAGUCUACUUCCGAAGUAGCUCAGUCGGCAGCCAAUGCCCCAGCUGCCAGUAAUGCUGAUGAAUCAUUUUUCCCGCCACCACCCUCACGCACGCCCUCCUCAGCAUCGUCACUGUCCGCGAGCAAUCUCGCCAUCGCGCGUCUUUAUCAGCCAGACGAUUCCCAUUACUACUACUCGAUACAGGAGCUGCAACAGCUUAAUAUGCUCGAUCAUCGACACCCGCACUUCCACCGCCAUCAGCAGCACCAAUUGCUACACCAAUCCAAUUCAGCGUCGGCCUCUGCAACUGCCGCGGCCGCGGCCGCACCAACAACCACAUUCUAUGAGCAUCAUAAACUAGUAUUGCAAUUGCCUAUGGCCGCAACAACACCAACAGCAACAUCGCCCAUUUAUGAGGCACCGCAAAUUGUCAACAAUGCAAAUGAGGGCGGUGGCGGUGCGUGUUCACUAGACUACAACUACAAUGCCCAUCAUCCGGCACCGCGUUCAUACUUAGCAGCUGGUGGCAUUGAUGGACACGAUUUGGAUAAAGAUAACGAUUUUAUGAUGGACAGCGACGGCAGAAUUGCUGGCUUUGGUUCAUUGCCCAUUGUGGAAGCUGAGAUCAAUGCUAGACGGUUGGGUUCGUCACCGCUCUCGUCCACGUCGCAGCGCUCUUCCGCGCUGUCAUUCAACAAUUUACGCAAGUUGCAACACACGCACUCGAUGCCGUCCAUUUGUGUGAGGAGCGGCGACAGAUCAGAGGGGAUUGAGGACACCGCCGAUGACGAUUAUGACGGCUAUGAGAUCGGCGCACUGCAGCAAUUGCAUGAAUACAGACAACAACAACAACAGCAAAUGCAGCGACAACAAGCUCAACAUAAUCAGCAUUUUUAUCCGCAGCCGACGCGUCAUAAUUCGGUCAAAGCGAAUUUAAUUAGUAAUUGGCCAACAACAGCCAACGCUGGAUAUAUCAGUGAGCAAAGUAUUAUUGGCGCCCGCGCCUCCGUCAUGGUUUACGAUGACAACCUGAAGCGCUGGUUGCCGUCGGGCACCUCAGCCGGCCUCAGCAAAGUGCAGAUCUACCAUCAUCAACAGAAUAAUACAUUCCGCAUUGUUGGUCGCAAACUGCAGGAUCACGAGGUCGUUAUCAAUUGUUCCAUACUGAAGGGUCUCAAAUAUAAUCAAGCCACACCAACAUUUCAUCAAUGGCGCGAUUCUAAGUUCGUUUACGGCUUGAACUUUUCCUCUCAACAUGAUGCGGAGGCCUUUGCUCGGGCUAUGGUUCAUGCGUUGGAUGUGCUCAGUGGUCGUUUGGCCAACAACCCGGUUAUGGGUGGUGCAAUGGGUAUGGGCGGUAUUCCCACAAAUGGGAAUGGUUUUGAGGAGGAUAUGGGCUAUCGUACGAUGACAAGUGAAGAUGCGGCGAUUUUGCGGCAGCAACAACAAAUUACUGGACAAAUCACACCUUCCGCACAAACCCCAACUUCACAGGCCAAUCAAAACAAUAUACCACAAAGCCCACCGACUCCGCAGGGACAUCAUCGCACCAGCAGAAAUUCCCUUAGCGCUCCAGCGGCUCCGCAACCACAGCAGAUGACAAUACCGCAGCAGCAGCCACAGCCGCCCUAUGGUCAGGCGGGCCAGCCCAACGGUUUACAGCAACAGACGCAUAUUCCACCUGUUCCGGGUCAGCCGCAGUACCACGCACCUCAGCAGAUGCAACAGGCUCCACAAGCCUCGCACGUUUAUUCCGCACAACAGCUGGUCAACGCCGGCUAUCCGCCACAAUCACAGUACCAGCCCAGCCACUUUAUGUUAUCUAAUUCUAAUCCGAAUCUUAAUCUGCAUCAAUAUUCACAACAGCAACAGCCGCCGCCACAAUGCAUACCAGGUGCGCCUCAGCCACCAAUGCCGCCACCACAUCAGAACGGUAUCGGUGGCGGCGGCGGUGGCGGCGGUCCAAUUUAUGUUUCUUCUUCGCAAUCGCAGCCAGCGCUGCCCACAUCCGUUAGCUCGAGUAGUGGUGUAUAUGGUGGACAACCAAUUCAGAUGCAACAGCCACCACAACAAGCUCCAAGUGGUGUACUGCAGAAUGGUGGUGGCAGUGGUGGCGUAGGUGUUGCUGCUGUUGCUGGUGCAGCUGCUGCUGCAGCACCGCCACCGCCACCACCACCUCCAUUCGGAGGCAUAGGUGCUCCAGCUCCGCCUAUGAUGGGUGGUAGUAGUGUACCUCCAGCACCGAUGCCGCCACCGGCAAACGUUAAUCGUAGCGCACCACAAGCACCAGCCGCACCGCCACCACCGCCGGCAGCAGCUGCGGCGCCACCACCACCACCUCCGCCUCCCGCGGGAGGCGCUCCAUCAUCGAAAAAGGACGAUCCUCAAGCCGAUCUUAUGGGAUCAUUGGCGGCUCAGUUGCAACAAGCCAAGCUGAAGAAGAAUAAGCCAACGGCGGCACCUACAGAAAAUAGCGGUAGCAGCACCUCAAGUGGCGGCAGCGGUAACUAUGGCACAAUCGGUCGGAGCUCCACCGGUAUGGCUUCCAUGAUGGAUGAAAUGGCUAAAACAUUGGCACGACGACGUGCACAGGCCGAAAAGAAAGAGCCCGAAGUCGAACCGGAAGUAAAACAGCGUCCCUGGGAAAAGUCAAACACUUUGCCACACAAACUAGGCUCUUCAUCAUCGAAUACGAAUUGUAAUGCCUCUUCCAACAAUACAUCGAACAGUGGUAGCGAGUCACCACGACCGAUGCGCAAGCGAUUUGGUAGCGCUAGCGAGGAGACGAUACUUAAGCAGGUUAAUGGCGAUGGUCUGUCAUUGGCUUUAUCAAGCACUGAGUUGGACACUUUAAAGGCUGAUAUACUGAAAGAGAUUCGCUCUGAGAUCCAAAAGGUCAAACAAGAAAUUAUAGAAGUUAUAAAAUCCGAAUUCAAUCGAAGAUAAGAUCGGCAACAGUCUAGUACGAGCAGCUUUAGCAGCCGCCGAACGGUGAUCAAAAACAUAUUUGUCGGUGAUAAAGUGAAGUAGUCGGAUGGUUGGAAUGUAUUGGAAUUCGUUGUGGACCUAUUUGUUUUAAUUUAGCAACAAACUGCAGUUUGCAAAAAGCAACAAACAUUAUUUUAUAUAUAUACAAAUAUAUAUAUAUAUAUAUUAUCUACAAACGUUUAAAUGGAAAACGGAAUACUUACUUCCAUAAUUAUACAUAAAAGCUAAGAUAAAAAAUAACACACAUUACACAAGCUAAAUAUAUAGCUUCGGAUAUCAACAAGUUAUGUAGCACGGCUGGUGCUAAUCUAACGGUCAUAACAACACAACCAUAUUAACAAGUAACGAAUAAACAAUGAACUGAAUGCGUAUUGAAAAUUUUUAAAUAAAUACAAAAUUUAAUGUAGUACUAAAUAAUACAAAAAUUACAAAAAAAAACAGUGAAAAUGAUAUCCCAAAACAUACACACACUUACUCAAAUUGCCGGCGUUUUCAUGAUCAUUUACAUACCGAAGUAUGUACGCAUUGUACUAGGCAAUACGACAAACCCUUCUUCGCGAAGCAAAUAGUACGUUAUCAAAACGCAACGCAACGCGUUCAAACAGCACGUGGGCAACUCACGUAGUUCAUGUUAAUGUCGCUUUGUGUAGGUGAAUGCAAGCAAACGUUUCAUAUUUCGAAAAUAUCUCUCGAAGUUGAACCUUCGUACUAUAAAUUUAUUAAAAAUUCGUAUUAGAUAAAAAAAUAAAUACAUACAUAUAAAAUAUUUAAGUGUAAUAUAUCGUUGCUCGCUCCAUGAAUCUACAAAUAAUAUAUACAAAAUUUGAAGAAAAAAUAUGUUCAAACUGAUCAUACGAUGUUCGCUGUAUUUAUAUUACAUUUACUAUAGACAUAGUUUUACUAUUAAAAAACAAAUUUGAACAAAUAGUAUAAUUAUCCACAUACAUACAUAGGUUUAGUUGAAUAUGUAUAUUUUUUGUGCUUUAUUUUGGCUAAACGGCAUACUUUGUAAGUUGUCUUCAGGUGGUAAAUCAAGCAAGUCUCUCGUACAAAAUUUGCCAAUAUGUAUUAUUUUUGUGUAUUUAACUUUAUAAACCGCCGAAUACAUAUUCUCAAAUUCAAUAGUUCCUUAUCAUAUUCGCAGCAUCUGUAAGAUAAUUUUCCAUUUUGUAGGCAAACGCGUUUUUAGUCCGGCUGCGAACAUCAGAAACUGUAAACUUGGAUUCUAUUAACCCAAUUAUGUAUGGUAUAUAUGCUUUUGAAAGGAAUAACAGAUGAAACAUAACUAAAUGAGUGAAUCGUUUGUAAUACAAUGACACCGCUAAAUUUUGUAUUCGAUUUUUUUAUACACACACACAUGCAUAUGUUAACAUAUACAUACAUAUGUAUGUUAAGUAUAUGUUUUAAUUUCUAUUACUUAAAUGCCUUUUAUUUCUUUUGCACGUACACACCGUUCUGUGUGAAUUAUUUAUAACGUAUACUUAUACAUAUACAUACAUACAUAGUUAUAGUGCGAUUUAAGUACAUUCAUGCGACCAUUCAUUAAUAUUAUAUGUACUACAUAGCAAUUAUCUAAACAAUUUGUAAAGCAAAAAUAUAAAAAAAAACAAUGAAAACCAACAAAAACUAAACACAAAUUCGAUUACAUACCAGAAGAGAACUGCUUUCUAAAUGUUACUAUUACUAUUAUAUAAUAUGCAUACUCUGAUAAUAAUACAAUAUAUCAAACAUGAAUAAAAAGCCAAUGAAAUGAACGAAUAAAAACAUUCAUGGAUUGUAAGAGAUUAAAACCUAAAAAAAGUACUAAACAUAAUUGUUAAUAUAUAAGUACAUAUGUAUGUACACGCGAUUAGAUCGACGCAUCGAAGGUGAGCUACGAAUGCGCAUGCAUAAGAAUUUGGCCGAAAUAUUUGGAAGCGUAAAUUCGUAGAUACGAAACUUCUUCAUAUAAGUAGUGCGUAAGUACAGUAACACUAAAAAAUUAUGACAAAACGAAUACUUGCAGAUUAUACGCGAAAGUGAGCACACAUAGCUGCAGCUAUGUCCUUUUUACAGUUAUAAACAUAAUUUAUUUACUGGUAAUUAGAGAAAUCGGAAAAACUUCAAAGUUGUGGUCGCAGUGGCAGACACAGCAAGUACAAGACAACAAGAAAAAUAAACCGUUUUUACUUAAGUGGCUGCAUUAGAGACCUAAAAUAAAAAAUAACUUUCAAUUUACAUUUGUAUUCUAAGCUAAUGCGAUAGACUAUAAACCGUACGUUGACAUAGUAGAGCGUGUCUUCCAGCGCCAUUGUGACGGAUUCUGCUGUGGAGAUGAAAUAUUUGCUAUGUUAUGAAAAAUAUUGAUUUCCAUAUUUUGUGUUUCUUCCAACCGCCUGGCUAGUUUAGGCAAUGGCGGUGUUUUCGAACGCAUUCGAAACCUUUCCCAAAUUUUCGGAGAUGCAGCGAAUUUCUUUAAAACAGCAAUCGGUCGGCAACAAGUCUGCAAAUAGUAAAAUUGUUUUAGAGUUUCCGCAUAUACAAAUACAAAAUAUGGCCUAGAGUCAAUGCAUACAAACAUACAAACACAUGGAUUUGUGCAAAAAAGUGAGCAUUGUAUGGCAAUACAGUUGUGAGUAAAGGAAACCAAACUAGUGAGUAAGUUUAAAUAAAUGUAAUUUACAUAAGCACAGCGAAGCAAAUCAUUCGAAAUGAAAGCUGUGAAAAGCAGCAUAUAAAGAAUGUAUGUAAGUGUUGAGUACUAAAACCAGUAAAUUCUUCCGUAUGUGACUAAGUUGACAAGCCCAAAGGUGGGUGGCGAAGCGAGCCGAGCAUCGAAAGAGAAUGGCAAAAAUUGUCGUUUUCGUUGUGGAUAUUUUAGUUGUGGUGAAUAUGGACUUGUAUGUUAUACUGUUUAAAAAUUCAGCACAGAAAGUGUGUACAAAGGCUUCUUAGCGCUUACCCACUUUGUUUCUUGGCAGUAUUUUGUUUGUGAACCCACGGCACACUAGAUGUAUUGUUGUAUGUACUACAUGUAUGAUUUUAUGCUGAGCGAUAAAAACUACAAAAACCACAAAAGAAGUUGUAAUAAACUAAUAACUUUGUCACAUCCUUGUUUAUAAUAGAUAUAUGUAUGUAUGUAACACCACUAAACACGCUUAAAAUCUAAGUAAUGUAAUAAGUUUUUAAUUUAAACAAAUACAGAAUAAGGGAAUAACGAAAAAUGCAAACAAGAUGCGAUGAUUUUUUACAAUUGACAUUUAAUUGAUAAUUUAGUAAUAAUAAAGUGUUGAAUAUACAUACAUACAUACAUGCGAAAUCGACUUAAUGAAAAGAAGAUGAAGAAGGAAUAAUUGCAAAAUAAAGAAAACAUAUUCAAGACGAUAUACAAAGACUAUCAAGAUUCAUAUGAACAUACACACUUAUGCGGCACACCAAAAAUUGACAAGUAGUUAAGAUACAAACACGCCACUGAGCGUUGCAUUUCAACACACGAAUAAGUAACUCAGCAUUUCGGAAGUAAAAAAACGAUUUCAAAGUAAUAAUUGACAUGCAUAUAUGCAAUCCAAUACAUAUGGUAAUACAGAAGCAAAAUAGACAGAAAUGAAAUAAAGCCAAAAAAAGUUUAUGUAAAAUAAAACAAUAACAAUUGUGUA